AUGCUGGUGGUCAAGACUAUUACCUGUAAAUUCAAUGUUAAUGGUGAACUCACAACUGAGAUGCAGGCGAGAAGAGGGGUUAGGCAAGGAGACCCAAUUUCUCCCUUGUUGUUUGUUGUGAUGAUGGAAUAUCUAAAUAGACUGUUUGUCAAAAUGCAAAAGAAUUCAAACUUUAAUCACCAUGCUAAAUGUGAGAAAUUUGGCAUCACACACCUCACUUUUGCUGAUGAUGUGCUCAUGUUUUGCAGGGGUGAUGUAAAAUUUGUUGACAUGAUGAUGAUGGUGCUACACACAUUUGCUGAUACUAUAGGGCUGGUUGUUAACCCUAGAAAAUGCAAAGUGUUUUUUGGUGGGGUGGAUUUGGAAACUAGAAAUAAGAUCAAAGAGCUUACUACUUAUGAAGAGGGAUUGCUUCCUUUUCGUUAUCUUGGAGUUCCUCUCAUAACUAGAAAGCUCAACAUCAAGCAUUAUCUUCCUCUUAUAGACAAGAUCCUAGCUAAAGUGAAACAUUGGUCCUUUAAACUUCUUAGCAUGAAGGGAGGAUUCAUGUAUUUGGAACCUAUUCCUGAAAGCAGACAAUCUUUUGGUGAAAUGGGUGCACAUCCAUUACCUAAAGAAGAAACCUAUGAUGGAGGGUGUAAUUAG